UCAGAAGCACAUAUCACUAUACCAGAAAGAUGCUAUCUCGUGUACCAGCUAUGUGGUCACUUACAAUACUCCUAGUUAUUGGUUUCUCCACUGUAAAUGGUCAAGUGGUCAUCAAUUGUUCUCCUGGACUCGCUAAUUCUCCUGUCGCUGUUGGAAGCACUACUGUGGCACUUUUAAGGAACUGUUGCAUUCGUGGACAACUUGGAAUUUUACCAACCGACACUGUAGUGACAUUAAUAGGUCCAGCCACUGUAAUCGGAAAUCUUAAUUUAAAUUCUGUGGAUUUAUUAAAUUUACCACUCUACCUAAAUUAUACUAAUGGUGGCGUUUAUGUUGUGGAUAUACAAACUGCUGCUGCGCUCUGUGAUCUGUCAGCAAAUCAACUAUCAGCACUACUUGCUGGAGCUACCGAUACCUGCUUCUAUUUUGGAAACCUACAAAUUUGCAAUGGUGCACUAAAUUCAGGCACCACUAUCAGAGUAGUAUCAUUAAUCUAUCGUGAUGGUCAACUUAUUGCGGUAACUACAUUGUCACAGCCCAUUACCCUUACAACACCAAAAGAUUAUAAUUCAAUUAACACUGGCAUUGAUCAUCACAGUGCUGGCAUGAUAGUAAUUACCAGUAUCCUCCCCAUUCUCUUCGCUUUCUUACUGGCCAUCUUUUCCAGUCUGUUGUUCAUGAGCUGCUGCUGUUGCAACAAUGUUUUUACUCCACGGAAAUGUCAACAGGAAAACUGAAAAACAAGAAACAGCAUUACGAAGCUGUCAGAAGCAACCAUUAUUUAUUAAAAAUAUAUAUUUCUAUUAUGCUUGAUCCAAAAAUAAUUGUAAAUGCAUAUUUCCAAGUAUACUGUAUAGGUUAUUUCUGAUAUUUACUGUAUGCAUUGCUAUACUUUUUUUCUAAACUUCAAGCAACAUUUGUACAUUUGUUGUAUUACAAACUGCAAACAGUAGCACACACAUAGAAAGUGGUGCUGCUCAAUCAUAUUACUGGUCUGUUUACUUUGUGACUUAAGGCUUAAAUCUGAGAUGGGAGUAAAGUAAAAAGGGAGUAAGUAACUGGGCACCUUGGUAAAACCAUGCUGCACUGCAGGUGUACUAUGUGCAGGUACAUUUUGAUGUGAGAGUGGUGUGUCCAAACUGAAAUCUACAUUGAAUUAUAAAAAUAAAGCUGUGCAACAGGUGUGGGCUACAUUCAACAGCAGUCAGUAUAUUUACCCUGCAUGCAAAAACAAUGUAUGUAUUUGCAGCCCUUGCAGUGUAACAUGGUAUUACUAAUGGUAUUGUACAGUUACCCUCUCCUUCUUAACUUACUCCCAACUCAGAAUCAGACCCUUAGGGGCUUAUUUAUCAUUAAUCGCAUAUUCAAUUCGAUAUUAGUGCCCAGAAUCACAUUGUAAUAUGUGAUAAAAGCGGGAUGUAUCAUCGGGCACCCGCAGGGAUGGCCUGAUGUGUUCAGCAAGCUGCCGGUGCUUCUGUGUAUGCGCUCAAGCCCACCAUUAAAGGAGGACUCCAGAGACUCUGGUCCCCGGACCGAACAAGGAAGGGGCCCGACUAGGCUCGGACUGGACUGCCGAGGAGAGUGGAGGUAAUAUUCUUUGAUGGGCCCCCUGACUCUAAGUCCUUCCCUCCUGUGGAAACGCGGCUGGUGGGUGCUCAGGCAAAGGAGGGGCGGAGUCUUAUGUGAUGGAGGAUUGAGGACGGACCACUCUUCAUUGCGUCUAUCCUUGAUGGCUGCUCAGACAGUGACAGGAAAGCUGUCACAUGGAGGUCAGGGGCUCUGGGUGUGCACUGUGAGUGACAGAGCAGGACUGGUUUGAGAGCAGCAACAGGCAACCUUGCAGUGCAUGUCAGGCAGGGGAGAAAAGAUCUGUGUACAUAGUGAGUGAGGGUGUGUAUCUCACUCACCUGAUCACCUCACCCCGCACCGCUCCCACAUCCCAUUCCCAUGCUUUCUCCCUUUUGCUCCCUGCUAACAUCCCAGCACACCCAGGUGUAUGACCUCAACCUCAUCUAAAUCCCUCCUCUGCCAUCCCUCUGUUUCCCCUGUGUACUUUAGCAUUCUCUAAUAAACUGCCCCCAUCCAUGACCAGUUUGUCACUUGGGGUCCCUGCCUACUUGUCAGUCCCGGGCCCCAUAAUUUCUGAUGGCAGCCCGGCAUGUGCUGUCCCACUGACUGCAUAUGCACGGCGGAAAUUGCUCGGGAGGGUUUCAGGGGAACGCUACAAAACUACA